AUGGCCGGAGCUGUGAUUUAUGAGGAUCCAGAGGACAUACCACCUGUUCUGCCUGUAGUGGAGUCGCCCUUUAAAGAAGCACCAGCAUACGAUCAUUUGACACCAGAGCAACAGGAGAACAGCUGGUUCACAGACGGGUCAGCAACUGUGGAAGGAGGAAAAAGGCUUUGGAGAGCAGUGGCUUAUCAACCUCACACUGAGACCAUCCUGAAGCAACAGGGGGAAGGUAAAUCAAGCCAAUGGGCUGAACUUAUUGCCGUCGCUAUGGCAUUAACAGAAAAUCAAAGCUUCCCUAUUGUUGUUUAUACUGAUAGCUGGGCAGUUUCUCAAGGACUAACAGUGUGGAUCACAAUGUGGAGAAGGGCUGCUUGGACUAUUCAUGGGAGAGAACUCUGGGGUGGCACAGAACUGUGGGAGCAGCUUUGGACAAUGGGCACAACAGGGGAAACCCUCAUUGGUCAUGUAGAUGCCCAUGCCCCUCUGAUAUCCCUUGAGAGGCUUUAUAACCAACAAGCUGAUCUAAUAGCUGCUGUUCGAGAAAUCAACCUGGAAGAAGCCUAUAUAGAGAAUGAAGACCUGUGCAACUAUGCUGAAGUAAAUGUAAUCGAGCCUUCCUUAAUAUCAUUAGCAAGGUGGGCUCAUGAAACUUCAGGACACAUGGGAGCAGAAAAAACAUAUCAAUGGUGUCAUCAGCGAUGUAUACCAGUCACUACUGAUAUUGUUAAACAAAUAGUGAACAAUUGCUCCACAUGUACAGAAGUAAAACAAUGGCCCCUACAGAAGAAGGCAACUGGUAAACUGAAGAGAGGAAUGGGACCAGGACAAAUUUGGCAGGUGGAUUACAUUGGGCCACUGCCACGAGAAAAUAAACUAUUAUAUGCUUUAACUGCAGUAGAUACUUAUUCUGGACUGUUACAAGCUUAUCCAUCAACAAGAGCUGACCAGAAAGCUACACUUAAUGGACUGAGCCAUUUAAUCCAAGCAUAUGGAGUGCCUGAAGAAAUCAAAGUGAUCAAGGAAGCCACUUUGCUGGAAGAGACGUACAAGAGUGGGCUCAAGGAGCUGGCAUUCAGUGGACUCUGCAUAUCCCUUAUCACCCACAGGCUGCAGGACUUAUUGAGAGAAUGA